GUUCUUUUCUUUGUUUUCAUUCGGGUCCCUCUGUGACUCUGUCUCUCUUCCCCUCUUUGUGCAGAUCUGAUCUGAAGCCAGAAACGGUGAGAAACUCUGCGUUCGGAGUUGCCUUUCAUCAAUUUUUAAAGUGCAUAUCAACUUAAAAUGGCUGGCAGAGCUCAUAUCCCCACUAAGAGCUCAGCACUUAUUGCCAUGAUUGCUGAUGAGGACACUGUAACUGGAUUUUUGCUGGCUGGAGUGGGCAACGUUGACUUGCGGAGAAAGACAAAUUAUCUUAUUGUUGAUUCAAAAACAACAGUGAAAGCAAUUGAAGAUGCAUUCAAAGAGUUUACCACAAAGGAGGACAUUGCAAUUGUCUUGAUAAGCCAAUAUGUUGCAAAUAUGAUAAGGUUUCUAGUUGAUAGCUACAACAAGCCAGUUCCAGCUAUUUUGGAAAUCCCUUCCAAGGAUCAUCCUUAUGACCCUGCGCAUGAUUCGGUUCUUUCACGAGUGAAGUACCUCUUCUCUACUGAAUCUGUGGCUUCAGGAAGGCGUUGAUCAUAGAGUAUUUUCACGUGGCUUGCACACAAGGGUGAAAAAUAAGUAUUGCCUUUGAUACCAUAUAUGCCCUUCUGCCUUAGAUCAACUUCACGUCAAGUGCUAUGUUCAGUUGUAUAACCAAAUAAGAUAUUCCAAUCAAUGUAAAGAGGCUAAUGAUACAUUUAGAUAAAGCUCCCUCGGAUCCGAAAUAUUUGCUUUCGAACAUCCGUCAUUGCUUGGCUCCUCUACCGGCAGUCUCUAUGUACUCGGAUAUCUAACCAGAAUCAUUCAUCUGUUAAAACC